AUGCUGGCACGGAAAGGACUCAUUCACGAAGAAUAUUUGAUAACUCGUCUUGCAGAAGAUAAGUCUGAACAAAUCCAGUACAAAUCAAAGGACAGGAAACCACGUUUUGUGUCAAAAAAUGGAGCGUGCAAUGUUGCCCAUAAGAAUAUUCGUGAGCAAGGACGUUUCCUGCAAGAUGUAUUUACCACGAUGGUGGACCUCAAAUGGCACCACAGCUUACUCAUUUUCACAAUGACAUUUAUUUGUAGCUGGAUGAUGUUUGCCAUGGCCUGGUGGCUUAUUGCUUUUGCCCAUGGAGAUCUAGACCCCAAGCGCAGCUCUUCGGUGCCUUGUGUAACAAAUAUCCAGUCUUUUACAUCAGCGUUUCUUUUCUCUAUUGAGGUUCAAGUAACCAUUGGGUUCGGAGGUCGCAUGGUGACUGAACAGUGCCCUUUGGCCAUAACAAUUCUCAUCAUUCAAAAUAUAUCUGGUUUAAUUAUCAAUGCCGUCAUGUUGGGAUGUAUUUUUAUGAAAACUGCUCAAGCCAACCGCAGAGCUGAAACUCUUAUCUUCAGUAAAAAUGCUGUGAUAGCCUGUAGGGAUGGCAAAUAUCGUUUCAUGUUCCGCGUGGGAGACCUUAGAAAAAGUAUGAUCAUUAGUGCUUCCAUCAAGAUUCAGAUCGUCAAGAAGACGAUGACAGCCGAAGGAGAGAUCAUUCCUAUUUCCCAAGUAGAUAUUCAGGUGGAGAAUCCUAUGGGCACAAACUCUAUUUUCCUAGUGUCACCCCUUAUUAUCAGCCACACCAUUGAUGAAAAAAGCCCUCUGUAUAACAUUUCAGCAUAUGAUCUCAACAAUCAAGAACUGGAAGUUGUGGCAAUUCUUGAAGGUGUAGUAGAGACAACAGGCAUCACUACCCAAGCAAGGACAUCCUACUUGCCUGAAGAAAUCCUUUGGGGCCAUCGUUUUGUUCCGAUUGUUACAGAGGAAGAAGGCAGGUACUCUGUGGACUACUCCAAAUUUGGAAAAACAGUGAAGGUGCAUGGUCCACUAUGCAGUGCUAAAGACCUGUUAGAAGGGAGAUACAGGGGCCUCUACACCAGCGGUCAACAUUCUAGAAUGGGAAAGAAAAGGCGAGGAGAAAACCGAGAACUUAUUCCAACUAAUAAUAAUGCUACAGAAACUCCAUGCAAUGAAUCCUUAUCUGAUUCACAGUGAUUGUACAAACUAUGAUAGCAUAAUUUAUUCACAUCAAUUUCUUAGCAAGAGGUGGCUUUCUAGAUUGGAACAGACAACGUGACUGUAAAGCUGGAAUGACAAUAUACUUAGGUUUCCAGAAUGUAUUAUCACACAAAUAUAUGUUCUCUGCUCUCCAGAUGGAUAUUUUUCUGUCUCGCAGUACAUUCCAGGUUACCCCUCAUGCUAUGUAUUCCAUAAAUGAGUUCAGUAACACCCCAAAAUUUAAAGGUACAGUUCUGAGCAUUAUUUGGCUGUAACUGACAUACAGACCUGAUUUGAACAGACAUAAUUCCACAUUCCUAACCAAGCCAAAUUAAAAAUCGUUGUGAAAUAGUCAAAUGCGGGAGCUGGGAGCUUUUAAUGGUUCUCUGUAUAGCACUCUUGCAUAAGGUGCACCUUUGAAUCUCACAAUUCUGUCUUCUGACAUUAAGGAUAAAUUGGAACCCGUAGUAUCACAUUGUUUCCAAGAUAACUUUUGUUGAGUUUAGUUCAGCUUAUUGUUGACUGCACAAGUUUGAUCAGUAAUGUGCUGCGGUUUUAUUACAUUGUUGUUGGAGCUUUUAUAUGAUAGAAAGUCUGAUCCUUUUAAAUCAGCAAUUUAAUAAAGUACUUUGAUGCUAGGAACCAUGCAAUAUACAUCAUGGAACAACAUGUGGACAUGAAGGAUUAAAGGUGUUAAAUGCUUAAAGAUUUAAUCAAACACCAGCGUUUUUAAAAAAAAAUCCCUGGUUUGAGUUAGAGUAACCCUCCCCAAACUUAAAAAUAAAUAAAUAAAUAAACUUACCUCAAUUCCAGUACUGAGACCAAGUUCUCCCUGCAGCCUGAUCCUCUUCUGAUGUCACUCUCCCUUACUGGAGGGUGGGCGUGUAGGACGAGGAUAUGCUAAAGCGAGGACAAGGGUGGCAUGGAGGCGGCCAUGCCUUUAUUGGAUGCCUAUCACCAGCAUGCUGUGCGUGCUGAUGACAGACGUACAAUAUGCACAGAAUUGAUAUUAGCCAACCCUGGAAUUGUUGUAUAGUUAUACCUACAGCAGCAAAGGGGUUAAACUCUGUAUGUACAGCGUUUCAUAGCACAACACUGCACAUACAGACUCCAGACACCAUAAACACUUCAAAUCACUGAAGUGGUUAUGGUGCUUGGAGUAACCCAUUAAAAGAUACACUAUUAGUAAUAUAAAUAUGCAUUCCUAACACUAUCAUUAUCGCCCCCCUCCUCCCCCAAGGGUUAAGAAAGCUGUUUAAUUUACCAUUCAUCCUGUGGCGCACUGGUCUCUUUGCCGCUAGUGUCCCGACUCCUUGGCUGAGAUAAUCAAUAAAACUAAAGGCUCACUGCACCAAGACCACUUCAUUGGGUGCCUUUGGUGGUCCUAUAAGUAGUAAUGGCAGUAUCUGCUGUCCUAAUAUUAUAGUCCAGGGGUAGGCAACCUUCGGCACUCCAGAUGUUGUGGACUACAUCCCCUAUAAUUCUCUGACACCCAUAAUGCUGGCAAAGCAUCAUGAGAAGUGUAGUCCAAAACAUGUGGAGUGCCGAAGGUUGCCUAUCUCUGUUCUAGUCUAUAUAUUUUCUACUGAAAUAUCAUACUUUGUUUUAAAAAAUAAAUAAAUAAAUAAGCAAACUGCAUAGAAGUGUUGACACUGAAUAUAUAAUAUAUUAUACACUGGCAAAAGGUAUUUAAGGAAAAAUUGUGAUGAUGGUGAAACUUGAUUAUUGUCCUUAAGAGAUCAACACUAUUUUUGGUUUGCAAAGAGUUAUCAGAUAUUAUAGGAAGGUUAUAUAAUGAUACUGAUAUUUCGAAAAACAAAUGUACAGAUUAUGUUUAAUGCCAGUAUAAAAUGCUGUUCACUGGAGAAUAACCAUAAACGUUUAAUGGGUUGUGUAUUCCAAUGGCACCAGGGCCUGGUAUCAGAUAAUGGUAUAUAUGCACAAUGGACUGCAAUGUAGGCAUAGUGUCAUAGUGUUACUAAGGGAUGUAACUUCUUCUGGGUGGACUCUGCCCAGGUAUAAGAAUGUGAUGUCCAAAAAAAAAUCAACUUUCAAUUUAAAGGUACCUGCAAGGAAAAAUCUGGAACUCAAAGACUUCAAAUCUAC